UAUGGAUGAAUUCAUACAAAUUUCCAAUCAUUCAAAGAAAUAAUUCAUAGAAAUCUCUUAACAAUAUUAGAAAUUCUUUGAAUAGAUAUUGAAAAAAUUAGAUGAGGGAAUUAAUAAAUUAGAAAAAAUGGCCCAACAACUUUUAAACCAAGACUAUUUAACUUUUAAGUCAUAAAUUAACAUUAUAAAACAAUUUUACUCAAAAGAAAAUGACAAUUACAGAUGUAUCUUUUUCAGUUAAUUUAAAUAGAAAAACAAAUAACAUAAUUAAAUAAUAUACUUGAUACAAUGAAAAACAUGGUAUCAGAUUAAAAUAAAAUUGAUGAUUAAUAUCCUUCUAUUGAAAAAAAUCCUAUUAAAAAAGAAGAAAUUAAAUAGAACACUAAAGUUGAAAACCCUAUGAAUAUAGAUGAUAUUGUUAGAAUAAUAAAAUAAGGUAUAAUUAUUUUCAUUUUAUAUUAGGUGAUGCAUUAAAUAAUAUAAAUGAAUAUGAAGAAGCAAUAAAGUAUUAUGACAAAGCAAUCUCCAUUAAUCCUGAAAAUGAUAAUGCAUGGAACAAUAAGGGUAAUUAAUUAAUAUGAAUUCUUAUUUAGGAUCAGCAUUAUAAAAUUUAAAUAAAAAUGAAGAAGCAUUAUUGUGUUAUGAAAUAGCCAUCUCCAUCAAUCCUAAUUAUGAUAAUGCGUGGUACAAUAAGGGUAAUUGACUGUUGAAAUUAGUUUUAAGGAUUAGCAUUAUACAAUUUAAAUAAAAAUGAAGAAGCAAUAUAGUGUUAUGACAAAGCCAUCAGUAUUAAUCCUAAUUAUGAUUACUCAUGGAACAAUAAGGGUAAUUAACUAUUACAAAUUUAUUAUUUAGGUAAUGCAUUAUAAAAUUUAAAUAAAAAUGAAGAAGCAAUAAAGUAUUAUGAUAAAGCAAUCUCCAUUAAUCCUAAAAAUGAUAAUGCGCUGAUCAAUAAGGGUAAUUAAUUGGCAUACAUUAUUAUUUAGGAUUAGCAUUAUCAAAUUUAAAUUAAAAUUAUGAAGCAAUAUAGUGUUAUGACAAAGCAAUCUCUAUUAAUCCUAAAAAUGAUAAUGCGUGGAGCAAUAAAGGUAAAUAAAUUUAUUAUACAGGUUUUUCACUAAUUUAAUUAAAAAGAUAUAAGGAUGCUAUAGAUUGUUAUGAUAAAGCUCUUUCUAUUUGCAUCAAUCCCUCAAGAUUAAAAAGAAAAGGUAAAAAUUUCUUUAUUAAAUUUUACUAUAGCUGAUUCACUAUUCGAAUUAGGAAAGAAAGAAGAAGCUAAAUAAGUUUAUAUGGCUGCAUUGAAAUUAGGAUCAAAUGAGAAGGAUUUUAUACAGAAAUAAUUAUCAAAGUUAUGA